AUGGCGGACGCUAAUUACUUCCACACAACGCUGUACGCCUUCAGCGAUGCCGCACAGAAGACUGUGAUCACACGCUUCCAUAGCCGUAUGAAUGAUACCGCUGCGAGGUGUUGGUAUGACGCGGAGCUGCAGCUAUUUGAGCUGCGAUGUCCUAGCAACAUCGGCUUCAAUGCGGAUGAAGUGCUUGCGGACAUCGUCUCGGAAUAUAUGGAUCAGGAGCUCAAAGAUGCGGAGCGCCGCGAGCGGGCGCCGGAAAUCGUGCGCUUUCCUGAAAGUACCUUGGAAGCGCAACCUCUGGAAGGUCUGGGCUUAGAUGAGACUGCAGUCCCGGUCUCGAGUAUCAAACCCCAGGCGACGCCUAUCGCACCACCACCUGUCUUGCACCUCAUUGAUACCGAAAGCGCAGCAGCAGCACCGCAGAUGAAGCUGUUCAGACUAGAGGACUUGCCGGAAGCGCUUCUUGAACGAGUUUUAGGCCAGCCAGCCGACAAGAAGACUGAGAGAGCCGUAAGAUCUGGUCUGACUUGUCGUGCGGUCCGCUCAGAAGGCCAACGUGCUUGUUCGAUUGUCUUCAAUGGUCGUCUCGGCGAGCAAUUGCCCGACUUGCAUGAAACAGAAGAGGCCGAUUUGCUUAGUAUGGCGCCGUUCCAGACGCUCAUGGGUGACGUCGCUGUAGAAGCGCCUGAGCCGAAAGUAAGCCACUGGCGUUUCCAAAAAGGCUACGAAAACAUCGAUGUCAAGCAAUGGCUAGGUGGGAUGGGCCAGGCAGAGGUGUAUGACCCGGAAGCUCCAGAGGCGGCGCCAUCUAUGCCGAAAGACACCUGGAAGCUGCUGGCUCGGGACGAGCAUGCCGGCACUGGCCGUAUCCGUAUGCCCAAGGGUGCGAACAUGCUUCAAGCGGAGAGUGAGGCGGAGGACGAGAUGAGCGACGAUAGUGACGAUGCCCUGAAACCUGGUCCGUCCGGAUUUGGCUCACUGCUGAAAGCUCAAGAUGACAGCGAGAACGAUAUUGACUUGGAUGCUGAGCCUUCUCCGGGGUCCGGACCCACGACAUUCAGCAGCCUGCUCGGAACUCAGCACAAGGAGAGGACACAGCCAGCUAGCGGGCGUGCUCAGGCACCCUUACUUCUGGCUGUGAUCACCUCCAUGACCGACUACGUUCCCGGUGGACAAGACAGCGCGAUCGUGUUGAGCGAGGCUUGUGCGGACGAAGAACACUCCGAAGCCGGGACCUUCAUGUCUUAUGGCAAAGCAUUCGCCAUUGUCGAUACCAUUGGUCUUACUGCGAGUGCGCGUAGCCAGGCAGAAUGGGAGUUGCAGGCAUCACCGCCGAGGAAGAGGCAGCCGAAAGGAAAGGUCCAGCUGGCGCAGCGCCCAUCGAUAAACCCACUACUGCCGAUUGCGACGAACAAGGGCAGGCCCACAACACUCACCACGGCCGAUGGUCCUCCGAUCCAUCUCCUCCAUGGAAGUAGCUCCAAAGCUGCUAGAGACUACGAGGGCCCGGCUACCGUCCGGAGUCCAGCAGGCUACCAUUUGCAAAACGAAACUGCUCCCUGGGAGCACUGGAUCGUACAGAGCUCGGCACCACAAGAUAGACUGAUCGACGACUUGGCUCCGCCUUCGAUGCCCUUAAUCCGACUGCCUCCUGGACUUGCACCGCCGCCUUCACACAGCAAAGGCGCUGAUAGUGUCACUGCCGACCACCCCACGCCAGCUUAUGCGCAGCCCACUGCCACCUUGAUCGACAUCGAUGAGAACGAAGAGUUCCCGGUACUAAGACGUAGUCAGAUCAUGCCACCACCAGGACUGACGCGAAAGCCGCUUCGCCCGACUGUGUCCGUCAGCACCUCGCAGCAACUCUUGUAUGUUGAGCCCAGUAUCAAUGACGUGGUAGAGCGGUUGCAAGCGCCAGGUGUGGAGUCCAGUCCAGUACGAAUCACGAUGCGCCAAAGGGCACUGAAAAAAGGCAAGGGCAAGGCUGCCACAGUACCGAAAGCAGCCUUCAAAGCCGAGCUCCCAUUGCCGGAGCCACUACUGGAGCGCAAGGAUGUGUCGUCGAGGAGCCUUUUGAUUGUCAAGCAGCAUGUACAACCGUCUUCGCACCCACCAGUGCAGCAGCGUUCUCGCCGCAAAACUGUGUCGAGGGAUACCUUCGGACCUUUGCAGAGUGAUAACAAGGACAAGCCAUCGGCUACCAACAAGUUAGCUGUGGAUGCUGGACCAGUCACGACCACUUGUGGGCCAGACGCUGUUGAUGAGCAGACGCCUGCAUCAACCAGCAUCACAACUGAAGCGAAUGCUGCGCACGAGCAGUCAGCCACAGUGAGCGAAUUGCAGGCUUUCAUCGACCGCCUCCUGUUCACUCACCAUCGUGCUUGUGUCGUGGCCCAAGUCGGACUGAUCCUGUUUACGCAUACUGAUAAAUCGAAGCGCAAAGCUGCAUUCACAGCAAGUAGGCUUGAAGCGGAGGUGAUUAAGAACGUCCAGUUCUUGCCAAGACUUACCACCGCAACCAGCGAUGCGUGGCAUGUCCUCGGUAUGGUCAGUGCAGCAUCACCGCUCGAGGCUCAUGCAUCCUACGAGUUCCACGUUCGCGGUGUCGACGGACACAUGCAUAUAAAGCGCUGCGGCGCGGAAAAGUGUCUACUGCCUGCCUGCGACGAUCAAGUCUAUGGUACCGCGUUCGUUCACUACCCUUUUCGCGUGUGGGAUGCUCGAUAUGAAGUCAGAGCUUUGGAGAACGACAACAACGUAGACCCUGCGUUCCAGCAGUUCGUUAAGUCGAUCACAACCACUGAGGAAGCGCCUUCGUUCUAUGCGGGGGUGCCACAGCACAGAUUCAGUGUCGAAAAGGCGCUCGCGAAGCGGGAUUACAUUCGAGUCACGCACGAAAGAGCCAAGGUCAUCGUUACCGAAGUACAAGACUUGAUUUUGCAGUCUAUGGAUCACCCAGUGGCGAAUCUGCAAGCGACAUGUCCGUCAAGGCAAGAGAUGAUGGACGAGCACAGGUUGUGGUGGGAGGUGAAGGUGGAGUAUGCGGAUUGCAGAGAUGCUGGCUUUCUGCAGAGACUAGUAGACUCGCUGGUUACGCAAAUGGAUGGGGUAGGCUAUGCGAACAAGGGCCCAUGGGAGCGGAGGCAGGACCCAGCUGUCACGGAAAUGGCGCCGGCUGCGUCGUCUGAUGCGAUCCUACGGUAG